AAUAGUUUUAUCGGUUGAGUGGGAGUAGACCCGCUAGUAGCGGGUACGCUGCUUUGAAGAAGUGAACUCGCGCACUGACACACCCACCCCACGACUUCACGCCUUCCUCCUGACUGACGCUCACUCUCGGGAACCGCAAACCACCACCCAGCCUCGCCGCGCGCCAUGUCCGGCGACGCCAAGCCCCUCGCCGACGGCGCCUUCCUACGCUUCCUCCUCCCUUCCCCCAAGCCCAAGCCCGCGCCCGCCCCACCCGCCCGCCUCGCCCCGCCGCACCAACUGUUCGCGCCCCCGCCGCCGCCGCUCCCCCUCCCUCGCCCCGACGAGCGCCUCUUCAUCGUGCCCCCCACGCGCCCCUCCUGGUACCCGCCGCCGCCUCCCCCUGCACCCACCCCCCCGCCGCGCCGCGCUCCCCCUGCCACCCGCAAUGCAGGUGGCUUCGGCGCCGGCCGGGGCGCUCCGGUGCGGCGGAGGGUUGGGGAUUUCGUCGGUGCCAGGCCUCGCGCGGGUCCCGAGAGGCGGAAUGCGGGCGCGGGUCUCGCUGCCGCGAAACCAACCCGAGGCGGCGGCGAGGCCCGGCGGGCGGAGAAGAGUCAGAAGAGGGUGUGGGUCCCCGUGGGGAAGAAGGGUGGGAAUGGCGGCAGCGACGUCGACGACCAGGCGGCGGGCGGCGGAGGCUACGCGGGCGGCGACGAGGCCGAGGGGAGCCUCGAGGGGGACGAGCAGCUGGAACCGGACGACAGCGAGCAGGACGACAGUGAUCUUCUUGGGGAAGAACUGGAGAAUUCUCUCACCAUCGCCGGUGGUGAUCACGAGUAUGCUGACGGUGACGGCGGCGAGGAGCCAAACGAGAAGCAGAACCUGGUCUCGCAAUCGAACCCAGUACAGCGCCUGCGAGUUAAAGUGCGCGGAGGGUGGGUCGAAUGCCGCGACGACAUCGACGCCUUCGCUCCCGGCCUGCUCUCCAUCUACGAAUCCCUCAAGCCAUCGGAUGAGCACAAGUCGAAGCAGAGUCAGCUCAUAGACUCCCUGACGAAGUCAGUGAGCAAAGAGUGGCCCAAUGCCCGGCUGCACCUCUACGGAUCAUGCGCCAAUUCGUUUGGAACGUCCCAUAGCGAUGUUGAUGUCUGCCUGGAGAUCGAUAUCGGCACAGGGAGCGUGGUGGAGAUGCUUCUGCGGCUGGCGGAGAUCUUGCGCGCCGACAGUUUCGACGAUGUGGAGGCAAUUACCAGUGCUAGAGUCCCAAUUGUGAGGAUGUUGGAUGCAGGGAGCGGCUUCUCUUGUGACAUCUGCAUCAACAAUCUGUUUGCUGUUGCCAACACAAAGCUGCUCAAGGAUUAUGCCCAGAUAGAUGGUAGACUGCUUCAGCUCGCCUCCAUUGUGAAGCAUUGGGCCAAACUGAGGGCUGUCAAUGAGACGUACCGCGGAACGCUCUCUAGCUAUGCAUAUGUGCUGAUGUGCAUCAGUUUCUUGCAGCUGCGAGAACCCAAGAUUCUUCCGUGUCUGCAGGCUAUGGAGCCAACAUAUACCAUGGUUGUUGAUGACACAGAAUGCACUUAUUUUGAUGAAGUUCAUCAACUUCAUGAUUUUGGGGCUGAAAACAGGGAGAGCAUUGCAGAGUUACUCUGGGCAUUUUUCCACUACUGGGCAUUCCAGCACGAUUACAGGAAAGAUGUCAUCUCCAUCCGUAUGGGAAAGAUAAUCAGCAAGAAGGAGAAGAACUGGACGACUCGUGUCGGAAAUGACCGUCAUCUGAUGUGCAUUGAGGAUCCUUUCGAGACUGGCCAUGACUUAGGCCGUGUGGUUGACAGGCAAACAAUCAGGAUCAUCAGGGAGGAGUUCGAGCGGGCUGCCGACGUACUGCAGCACAGCGACGAUCCUUGCACCACACUUUUUGACCCCUACAAUCAUGAACCUGAAUCAUUGAAAAUACCCUGAAAAUUCAGAUCACAUCUCUGCCACGAAGUGAAGUUCAGAUGACCAACUGUUUGAAUAUUUCUGGUAAACAGAAUAAAUAAAUGAACUGGGUGACAUUGAAGAAAGAGGAGAUUUGGGCCAGGUGCUCUUACUUGCUAGAACAUGAGCUGUGAUUUGUUUCAGAGGAAAUUGAUUUGGUCGGACGUAUCCCAGCUGGAGGCUGCAAUGAGCUCGCUGUAACUGGGACACUUUCAUGUUACCAUGCUCUGGUCACCUGGACAAAGCAUAAUCAAAUCUCCUUUAAGUCA